UCUUAUUACAAUUCCAAAAAAUAUUCAAAUAGUAAAAAACAAAUCGCAUUUAAUUUCCGUUUUCCAAAAAAUUUAUAUUUUGUUAUUUAUAUAUGAUCGCCGGCGAUGCCAACGGCGGUGAACGUAGCGAAGCAAUGCUUAACAACGGAAUCAUCCUACGCGCUAGAAGAAGCCGUGAACGUGGCGCGUCGACGAGGACACUCUCAAACGACGUCGCUUCACGCCGUCUCCGCUUUACUCUCUCUACCAACCUCCGUCUUACGCGACGCGUGCGCUCGUGUUCGAAACUCAGCUUACUCUCCUCGUCUCCAGUUCAAAGCUCUAGAUCUCUGCCUCAGCGUUUCCUUAGACCGGAUCCAAUCGGGUCAUCAACAGCCGGGGUCCGAUGACCCGCCCGUCUCGAACGCUCUCAUGGCUGCCAUAAAACGGUCUCAAGCUCACCAGCGUCGUCUCCCUGAGAGUUUCAGACUGUACCAAGAGAUGUCUCAGAGUAACCAGAACCCGAGCUCGCUCUCUUGCGUGAAGGUGGAGCUUCGUCAGCUGAUUCUCUCGAUCUUGGAUGAUCCGGUUGUGAGUCGGGUUUUCGGUGAAGCGGGUUUUCAGAGCUCCGAGUUAAAGCUCUCUAUUAUCCGACCAAUCCCUCACCUCUUCCGUUAUUCAUCUCCUCGUGGUCAGCAACAACAGCCUCUGUUCCUUUGUAACGUAACCGGAAAUCAUACCGAACCGGAAUUGAACCCGGUUCGAUGGGGUUUCACUAUUCCAAACCGGAAACUAACCGGAGAUUCUUCUGAUCACGGGAGGAUCAGUGAAGUUUUUACGAGGGAAAAAGGGAGGAAUCCGCUGCUUGUGGGUGUAUCGGCUUACGGUGUACUAACCGAUUUCUUAAACUCGCUCGAAAACCGAAGAGACUGUUUAACUGCGGUUAACAUCGGUUCAGAACUAUCCGACCAAAUAAAAGUCAAGUUCGAUAAAACGUUCAUCGACGUUAGGUUUCGCGAUCUAGGGAAAGUGGCGGAGCAAGGCUCAGGACCUGGUUUGGUCUUGAACUACGGGGACUUGAGGGUAUUCACCGACGGCGAAGGAAACGUGUCGGCGGCGGCGAGUUACAUCGUGAGCCGUGUUUCGGAGUUGUUGCGGAGAUGCGGGAGGAGAGUGUGGUUGAUCGGAGCGACGGGGAGCAACGACGUUUAUGAGAAGAUGGUGAGGAAGUUUCCGAACGUGGAGAAAGAUUGGGACCUGCAGUUACUCACCAUCACCACUACUCUUAGGUCUUGCUCGCCUCACCACAAAUCCAGUUUGAUGGGAUCGUUUGUUCCAUUCGGUGGAUUUUUCUCAACUCCUUGUGACCUGAAACUACCCUUCUCCGGUUUUAACAAGGAAAUCACCGGACCGGUUUCUUCCAUAUCCGACCAGACCCAAUCUACCUUGCCACCUUGGUUGCAGAUGACCACAAUAACCGAUUUACACCAAAAAUCUGAUCCCAAGACCAAAGAAGUGUUGGACUCAGUUUGUGGAAAUAAGUCGACGAGCAGUGCUUCUGCAUCAACCGGUUCAGCUAAAUCAGUCAUGACUGAUCUGAAUCUGAGGAUGUGUCAGGUCACCACAAGAUUUGGUCGAUCAGCGUCCUCCUCUUGUUUGGAUAAUCCAAGGGAUCUCAACGCAGAGAGCUUCAAGAUCAUAUACCAAAGAUUAACCAAUAGGGUUUCAGGGCAAGAUGAGGCUGCUAGGGUUAUCAGCUGCGCAUUGUCACAACCGCCUAAGACUAGCACCAGAAGAGAUGUUUGGCUCAAUUUGGUUGGGCCAGAUACCGUAGGCAAGAGGAGAAUGUCUCUUGUACUUGCUGAGAUUGUGUAUCAAAGUGAACACAGAUUCAUGCCCGUUGAUCUUGGUGUUGCGGAUCAUGGAGUGAGCGGUUGUGAUGAUGUGAUGCGGCGGAGAGGAAAGACAAUGGUGGAUCAUAUCUUUGAAGUGAUGUGUAGGAACCCUUUCUGCGUAGUGUUCCUUGAGAACAUUGACAAGGCUGAUGAGAAGCUGCAGGUAAGCUUGUCUAAGGCUAUUGAAACUGGAAAGUUCAUGGAUUCGCAUGGAAGAGAAGUUGGUAUAGGUAACACAACGUUUGUUAUGACCUCAUCUUCAGUAGAAGAUUCUGGAACAGUAGCCACUUAUUCUGAAGAGCAACUCUUGAGAGUAAAAGGCAGGCAAGUGGAGAUACGGAUUGAAACUGUGUCCUGUCAGAGCUCAGAGAAAAAGAGGAAGCUAGGUUUGGGAGAAACUGUGGAGACGGGUAAAAGGUUGAACAGAACAACUAAUGGAGUUCUUGAUCUGAACCUUCCGGCGCAAGAAACCGAAGCCCAUACUGAAGAUAACUCAAAGCUGUGGUUAGUGAAUUUAAAGAAACACGACAGUCUCAUUGAGGUUCCUUUUAAGCCUUUUGACUUCGAAGGAUUAGCAGAGAGAAUCAAAAAGAUAUUAAAAGAAACAUUUGCAAAGUGUGUGAGGUCAGAUUGUUUGCUGGAGAUUGACCCUAAGAUCAUGGAACGAUUACUAGCGGCUGUUUACUUCUCGGACAAUAGAAUAAAUAUUAUCAAAGAGUUGAUGGAGAAAGUAAUGGCUCAAGUGUUCUUGCAUGUUAAAGAAAGGUAUGAAAUCACUUCUGGUUGUGUGGUAAAACUGGUUGGUCGAGACCUUGACGUUUUGGGUGAGGAUGAAAUGGACUUGUUCCUUGUAAAAUCUCAGUAGGUUAAAGUGGUUAGCUGUGAAAUUUAUUUUGGGAAGUGUAUAAGAUAUGGUAGAGUUUAGUUAUAGGUUUUGUUGUCCUUUUGUGUUGCUAUACUAGUAUAAUGUGUGUUAUGAUGAUAUCAUAUAUAGUUGUGAGAGUGGGUCGUGUCCUUGUUUGUAUGUAUAAGUUUUCCUGUAAAUUAAGAGAUGUUUGCUUA